AUGUCAUUGGGAGGUUCAUCUUCUUCUACAGACGAUCGCCUAUUGGACAAUUUAAAUUUAAUUUCACCUGAUUCUAACUUAACAUCACCGCGAUGGUCAGACGUAACUAACCCAACGGAACCAAAUUACACAGUUUCCGAGGAUUCUUGUGCAACACUGACAUUAAACAUUGAGUUCCUGGUUUAUCCAAAGGUAAGUUGAUUUAAUUUUCGUGUUUUCAAUGUUCAGAAUGGGAGAUUGGGAAAAAGCGUCUGGUUUUUGGUGGAUUUCUGGACGAUUAUUGUUCUUAUAGACAAAGUUGAUCCUAUUUUUAUGUUGUUAUUGGUGAAUUUAAUGUUGUAUUAUCAGAACUUUCUGUUUUAAGGAAAAGAAUGAUAAUAUAAUGUUAAUUUUAUUUAAAACUUUAAAAAUAAAUAUUUUUAUUGCUUUUUACUAAAAAAGAUAUUUUAGCCCCCAGACAGACAAGCAAGUUGUAUAAACUGUAGCGACAACUCUCAUACCAUCGAAACAUGUCAAAAGCCUUGUUUCAAAUGUCGCCAGCCGUUGACAACGGAAGAGAAUCAUCCAUUCGAUUGCGAGGAUCUUCUCAAAGGCUUCAUUUACAAGAGGUUCGAAAUCAGGAAGAGAGAUCACUACUUCGCACGGGAAAACUUGAGGUACCCAGUUUAUGGGGAGGACUAUGACAAAAAGUUCUACACCAGGUUGAGUCAAUUGACGGCGUUGAAUGAGGAGAAGUUUGUUUUGGAGAUAGUCCCUAUGAGGUCUGAAUUGUCUAUUCCACGAGGAUUCGGGAACUUUGGAGGUAUGUUGUUGUAGGUAAUAUGAGGGAAAAUAGUUAAUUUAGGUGAUUUGUGUGCUUUUUUACAAUAAUUGGUUAAAAAUUUGUUAUUUUUAGCCAGGUCUAUCAUCACGGCUUAUGAGUACUUGUGCAAAAAGUUGAGUGUUAUGGAAUCGUUCGAAUUCAAGCUGGAAGAAGUUGAUUUUGGGAAUUACGGAAGGAUGAUUCCGGGAUUAAGUGAACCACCAAUGUUUUUGUCAUUUGUGCCAAAGGUUGAGCCGUUUGAAAUCAUGACUCCUGAAAAGCAGAAUUUUAUUAGGAAACAACUGUACUUGAAAAGUAAGUGGUCUUAAAGUUUUACAAAAGUCCUGUUGCUUUUUUUGAUUAAAACAAUAUAAAAUGAUUCAUGGCUUUAUCUAAGAUUUAGUGACAUUUUGAUAGGAUAUAUGUUGAGUUUCUUUUAGUUGAGGUAACGUUUGGUUAAUUUUAAAGAUAUUUUUAUAAGGAAAGUCGUUCUACGGCCGCUGUUAAUAUAAAAAACAGACUAUAUUACUCUAAAGAAGAUGGUUAACGAUUAUAAAGAAACUUUUUUUUUCAGAUAAAUUGUAUCAUCAAGGCUUUUUUGGGUUUCCAGUGUACUUCUGUAUCCGUGACGAAGGACAAUCAUAUGGAAAGGACUCUGAUUGGCCGAGCAAUAUUCCAAGGAAAAAAGUGUCAGGUUGGAGGCUUCCAAUCACUGUCUACAAAUCUAAUCCACCAUUUAAUGGCCGAUCUUGUGAGUUUCGUAGUUGUUUUAUAAAUUUUGUGGAUAUUACAUUAUUCUGUUAUUAUAACUAUUCACUUUUUGUAUAUUUUUAACGAACACGCUAAAAACUUUAAUUUUGCGUCAAAAAGUAGAAAAUUUUAUGACUCUUUUUAUGAUUUUAGACUUGAUCAUCGACCGUAUUCACAAACUAGCAAAUACACGGUUUCGCCGCGACAUUUGUCCAAAAUUGUAUCUGUCCUUCAAUCAUCGUGCCGAAGACAUGAAACGUCAUCUACAACGUCUACGUGCUAUCAUCAACAGGCCGUUGCAGUAUCAAACAUUUCCAAGAAACUUCCAAGAGUUAUUUUGCAACUUUUACGCUCCGAGACAGCCAGUUUUCUUUGAUUCUGAAUCUGAGGUACAGUUUGAAGAUUUGGAAAAAUUCAAUGGACUAAUACCUCAGCAACUCAGACUUUCCGAGGAGCAUUUGCAUCACGCUGUCAAGGUUUAUCAACACGAAUUGCAUGUUAUUUUGGUGGGUUUUUGUGUUUUAGAUGUUGUUAUCCUAAGGGCGUUUUGAAAAAAAAAUGGUUAUGAGAAUUAAUCGGUUGAUUUAUGUUACGUUAUAUGUUAUAAUGAAAAUGUCUUCAAGUAUGAUAUGUCUUUUAUGACUAAUUUUAGGGCCCAGCCGGAAGUGGCAAAACCUUGAUCAUGUGCUUUCUCGCCGUUUUCAACUGGUUCCACAACAAAAAGCCAUCUCUUCUUCUCACAACUCGACGAGAUGCGGCCGAUGAAAUAACACUUCGAGUAGUGAGGAUGGCCAAUACCAUAAUGAAUAGCCCAGCCUAUCGCUCACUCAGAAACAACAACAUUGUCUGGUACAAGCUGGAAAAGGACGCAUUGUAUGAGGAUAGGCCAGAAGAAAUUAAACGAUAUGCAUCGGUCGAGAGUAAGAACUUCAAUGAAGUUGGCAUUCUGAUCAUGGUUCACAACAUGAUAGUCCCAAGCGAGGUUUUGAUGUUUGAUGCUAAUCACAUCAUGUUUGAUGAAGCUUCAUCUGUCUCGACUUUGAGCUUUUUUGGUUUGUUGGCUGUGUUCAAUGAAAGGGAGCGAAAGAAUUUGAGGAACUUGACAAUGUUUGGUGGGUAUUUUAGUUUUUAAUUGGAUUAUAUAAAGCUUUUUGAAAUUAAAACUUGGUAUUUUUAACGAGUUUUUGAACUUUUUUUAAAUUAUGAUUUUUUUAACUUUUAUAUUAUUUUAGGUGACCAAUUCCAACUGGACUGCAAAUUUUCAAAAGAAACCUUUCUUUUUCACCGUGCUGAAGCUCAAUGUGGAUUCAACGAAUCUGCGAUGUCAGAACUCUUAAAAAUGGGCAUUACUUACACACAAAUGACGCAGGUCUCACGAGCUCCAACCUCUUUGGUCAGGCUGGUCCAACCGUACUAUGACUUCGUACUGGAUACAAGCCGAUGUUCAGUUCGCAGGCCAAUUACUAUAGACAUGACUGGUGAAACCAACUCAAUCCUGGGUUUGUUGGAGAAAGUUCCAUUCACUUCGCUGUUUAUCAAUUUAUCUGCCAGAGACAGCAGCAACAAGCAUUUUUGUGAAGCGGACGAAAUUGAUCAACAUGGCCGUGCACGUGGAUUUGCUGGUGAUCGGAACAACAGUUUGUAUGGUGCUAAUGGGAAGUACCGUAAUGUUUCGCUGACGAAUUUGCGGAACGCAUUGUAUGCCCGGAAGUUGAUUCAAGCUAUUAUGGAGGAGAAGAACAAUCAUAUUGGAGCUAAGGACAUUGUUUAUUUGACUCCGUAUCGCAGUAAGUUGGAUUGGGAUUUAUGUCAUGUUAGAGAGGUUGAGAAUUAAAGGAAACAUUUUACAAAUAGUAUAUUGUAGGUUAUGUAGCCAAAAUUAUAUGAAGUUUACAGAAAAGGUUUAAAAAUUUUUUUUGCAAAAUUUUAGAAAUAAAAAUGUUUUUUCAGUGCAAGAAGCCCUUUUUACUCAAGAAUGUCUUUAUCACAGUCAGAAACAUCCAUCUUUUAUCCACGUCAAAGCACGAACCAUUGAUCGUGCUAUUUCGACCGAAGCUCUAGUAGCCGUGAUUGACCUGGUCAGAACUGACGGUACCGGUUUUAUCAGCGAUGAGCUUGGCGAAUGGCCAUCCUAUGACGUUCCAAAGCGUUUGUUGGUUGCUCUGACUCGUGCAACCAGAGCUCAGAUCAUUAUUGGAACAGUUACUGGGACCGGGACGAGUGCGGUUGAAAGACUGGCUGAGAGCCAUCGAAACAGCAAAGAUUUGUCGGUCGUUUACAUCGAUUUGAGUGAGUAUGUCAACAGUGCUGAAGGACUCUGA